GCCGGCCAUUGCCGUUGUGCCUUUGGCUUGCUUGCCCACGGCUGCCUCUUUCCUCUCCGUCUUGCUGCUUCGCCCCUGCCGGCUCCUUUCGGUGGCCUGUCCUUUCUGUCCCAGGCCGUCCGCACCCCUUUCUCUCGCUCCGGCCGCCGUCUCCUCUUCGACCCAUCCUUCUCGAGCUCUCCGGCCGCCAUGUCGGCCCAAUCACAAUUCGUUAUCUAUCAUGACCCAGACCACGAAUCCCCUCUGUGCUUGAAUGCGUCGUCCUCGCUGUCAUCCUCGGUGUCACUCGUCGAGACCUUCCAGAAGAUCGGCGACUGGAUCUCCCCGCUCGGCGUCUGUUUUUGCCCAAAGCCAGCCGAGUGUCAGCGGCUCACUUUGGACACCCCUGGUCGCAUCGCUCGCCAGGUCUGCGGAGCCGAUUCGAGCUGCCGGACAUGCACCUCCGAGACCCUCCCUCUGUCAACCCCUUCGUGCUCUUCGUCCUUCAGCGGCCCAGUGAACGCCAGCUCGAUUUCGACGGCCGGCUUCGGGUCUGCCUUUGGGACUCGGUACUUUAUCUUCCGCACCAAAGGGUCCCGCAGUCCUGGCUGCAGCCCAAACUUGACUGCCCAAGCAGAGCGAUCCCCGGUCUUCCCCACCUGCUCCAGGGUGCUGGAUGGACUCUAUGCCAUCACCCUCCGCAGCCCGACGGGCCUGGUUACCUUUGUCUGCUCCAGCCCCAACUGCAGCGACUGCAUUCCCGGAGCCGCCUACACUCUGUGGGCUGGAUGCGGCACCGUCAGUCCGGGCCCAGGCUCAAGCACCGGCUCUCAGCGUGGGGCCUUGCCUUGGAUAUUGAGCGAUCCUGCCCUGGAGCUCCCGACGGGGUUCCCAAACCAGACAUUGGCCUCGUUCACCCCCGCAACGACCCGCACGGUCACCCACGUCUUGGUUUCGCCUGGCGGCCCUGUUGCUGAUGGAGGGGGAGGGCUCUCUGGACUUGCCUAUGGGCUGAUAGCCGGCGGCCUUGUGCUGCUCGCGGCGGUUGUUCUCUACCUUUGUCUACAGCGAUUCCAACGUCGGCAUCGACAGACACAACGCUCCUCUCCCUCUGCCUAUCCACUGGCGGUGCCGCCCCGGCCGUGGUCGUUGCCUUCCCAGAGCCGGUCAUCACGGCCCGCAGAGUCGCAAGCACAUCAGCCGCAAGGGUCAGACCCGCGCCUCGGACCCUGGCCAGCAUCCAGAUCGCCCAGCUUCGUCCCCAGAAGCCCUGCGCCUCAUCGGGUUCCGUCAAAGUUCUCGGUCGUCAGCAGCACCAACGGGCACACCUAUCCGUCCAACAGUGACAGGGGGUCGCCGAGGCAGCAGUCGUCCAGUCCUCUGUCCCAACAGGGCACCUUUGGCCGCCAAGCGCGCCGGGUUCCUUCCGAUCUGGCUGGCCCAUCGCCUCAUGACGAGCCUGCGGAAAGUCGACACGACGCAAGUGUGCCCGUCGAUGACUCUGCCUCCGAGAUCAAUUUGCCUCUUAGUCCGUUCACCGAUUCAUCUGCUGUCGACGACUCGUCUUCGGUCUACAGCCACGGCCAAUUUCCGCCAUCGCCAGCGCAGCUCGAGGCCUCUACAUACCACCCUAACGACCAUAGCCACCAGCGCAAGGCCUCUGGACACUAUGUCAUCGAUCCCGUGCAUGUAUUGCGGCCAGCCACACCACAGCGACUCGGACGCCAUUCGCUCUCCGGCCUUCCUUCGCCUCAAACGGACCGGUUCAUGAUGAAGUCUGUGGCGAUCGUACAUUUCAACGGCCGGAAUCCUGACGAAAUCGAUACCAUGCCGGGCGAUAUUCUAGAGAUACUUGCUGUUCGUACAGACGGCCUCGUCAAGGCUCGGAAUCAGAGGACAGCCAUGAUCGGGUUGAUUCCAAUGAAGGCGGUCGCACCCAUCGAGACCGAACCUAGUCCCACCACAUAGAGGGCAAUACGUAGAGCCCAGCCUUUGUCGCCCAGCCCAUCAUGCCCGAGCGCCAAGUAAUCCACCCCCCCCCCAUAUCUUGGCACUGCUUGUGGAUUUCAGAUCCGCUUCAGUGUCCAAGCCAAACAGCAGACCCCCGGUCUUGCCGGAGCACUCAGCCCACCACCACCACCGUGCACACACGACACUCUCACAUCUGUAUCAGUUUCAGUUUCAGUUUCAAUUGUCGCAUCUGCUUGCCGCUCCACUCAUCCCUCAUACCGUCAAGUGCUCUCCCCGCCUUCACCAACAAAAACAGCGCCUCAUCAUAUCCAUGCCCACCGAUAGCCUUAUUGCGCAGUUUGCUCUUUGGGCCAUCUGUCAGUUCCAUAGAAUACAACCAUUUCAACUUGUGAA